GUGUUCCCCUCAAUUAGUUCCGUGCAGCCGCGGGCCAGUGUGCAAGAUGGAGUCAGUGAAUAAAGCGGGGCAUCUGAUGAGCCUGGCGGCCCUGCAGCACUACGACCCGUAUAUCAACAAGCUGCUCGACGUUACCGGACAGGUCGCGCUCUACAAGUUUAACUCUAAAGCCAGCGAGUGGGAAAAAACUGACAUUGAAGGCACUUUAUUUGUUUAUGCCAGGUCAGCAUCACCCCAUCAUGGGUUCACUAUCAUGAAUCGUCUGAGCACAGAGAACUUGGUGGAGCCAAUCAAUAAAGACUUGGAGUUUCAGCUUCAGGACCCUUUCCUGCUUUACAGGAAUGCAAGCUUGGGCAUCUACAGUAUCUGGUUCUACGACAAAGCGGACUGCCAGCGCAUCGCCCAGCUGAUGGUACAAAUAGUGAAGCAGGAGGCACUGAGGGCUCAGCACACGUCCCCAGAUCGGGGCAGAACUAAUGGUUGUGUGGAGACCAGACCGCUGGAUAUACUGGAACUGCUGAGCAAGGCCAAGGAGGAGUACAACAGGAAUCAGUCUAAUGAGACUGAUCUGCAGGUAAAUCCAGAUGUGGCUCAGACUUCAGAUCCAAUUAAAGUAGAGAACACAAAGCAGAGCAUGACUGCUGCUCAGCAGGAGAAGCCCACCCACAGUGUGGUUAAGCAGAUCACUGUAGAGGAGCUGUUUGGCAGCUCUUUACCCAAAGAUCCAGCACCUCCAGUUCCACCUGGCCACAACCACUCUGAGCCCACCCCAGGCGAGAGCUUCCUCCAAAGGCUGACUUACGGCCCUCCUCCUCUCCCCCUGGAGCCUCUCCUCACUCCCCGUCUCACGGCUGAUCCUGGAGGUCCAGGCCUGGUGCCUCUUCUCCAGGCUGGUGGCUCCCGGGACCCCCAGCACAGUGUUUCACCAAGACUUAUGGCCCCGAGUGGCACAGAGAACGUUCCAGCACUCAUAGGACCCCGAGGUCAGACUGGCCCUCAAGCUGCACCUCAGUAUAUAAAUCCUGUUCAAGGGGAAGGGCAUGGGAUUCCCAAACCAGCUCCAGUGCCUGGCUUCAUACCUAGCACACUGGUCACACCGCAGAGCUUCAGAGAUCCCACACCUAAAGCUCCGGUUGCCUUUACCAGCACAGCACCUGCACAGACAAAAGAAGCAGAUACUUUUGCACAGCCCCAGGCCCAGGGUCUUGUCAAAACCAUACCUAAGACAGGGCUAGGGGUGCCAGGAUUGGAGGCUUUACUGCUUUCUCCCAGUGCGUUCCAGCAGUCUGCUGCAAAAGUACCUGAGCUUCAGAGACACCCCGCCCCCCCAGCAUCACCGCCCAGCACCCUGGGGAGUGCAGAAUUACCACCAGCAUUGUACAACAAGACACAGCUGCAGGAUGUUCUGAUACAUCUGAUAAAGAACGAUGCCCAUUUCCUUACUGCAAUCCAUGAGGCGUAUUUGCAGAGCCUCUCCAAAGACCUCAACAACGUAAAGCUAUAGCUGUAGACAUCAACAAAGAACUCCAGGACUAAUCACUUUUAUCAGCCCCCUGCACUCCUCUCAGGAGGCCAGACACUCUGCUUCUAAAACGACAGAAAGCUAGACUGCAGCAUUUAGCACAGAAAGCACCAAUAUUACCAGACUAGCUGCGCUGGGUCCCCUUUGCUGUACCUUAGUCACUGGGUGGCACUUCUUCUAAAGACACACCACUGCUUCUACCAACAACCGCUGUGGACAAAUUACUCCGAAAGUCUCCAGAAUGUUUAACUGCCUCUGUUGACCCACCACUGAGCCACAGCGAUUGGUCAACAGCUAUUAUUGUUAUUGUUGCUAUUAUUAUUAUUAUUAUUAUUAAAUGCAAAUAUAGUGUGUACUUACAUGCUUUCAUUGUGGGAAAAGAGCCUCUUUUUAUUGCUUUAUCUUCCCCUGCGUCUUAUGUUGUUCAUGUCCUUUUUAUUCCUAAUAAUUUAGUUAUUUUACCUCCAUGUCUAUUUUUAAUAUCAGAAUUCCAUCAUUCUAUCUUCCACCUCUGCUUUCUCUCUCCUCCUCGCUCUGCCCACAAGCAGUUACCAAGGUUGUGAAAGUGUGCAAUACUGGCAACCCUAAAUUUGUUGCUUUUUAUAUUGUAUUGUAAAGACUGCUGUAAUUUGAGCUGAGAGAGUGCACUUUUGCUUGAAGUUAUGCAUGGGCACAGACAUGGACACAGUAAUGGUAUUUUUUUGAUGGCCUUUAGUUAUUUUUUUUAUUGGUUGUUCAUUUAUUUUUUCUGUUGUAAAGGAUUACAAUUAUAGUAACCUUGAACUAAAGUUUUGCAGUAUUAUUUACUGCAAUGAGCUUAAUCGUUUUUGUUUACUUUGUUGCACUGAACAGUAUAAUUACAUCUCCUUUAAUGUAAAUUAGUACCAAAUUUGGUCCAAAUUUGUUUGACUCUAUCAAUCAGGUAUAAGGAGUUAUGAAAGGCCUUUGCACCUUGUUCUGUGUCAUUUGGCUUUUAUUUAUACAGAUGCUCAGAUAUAAUUUCAAUUGAAUUGCAUUAACAAUAAAAUAAAGAAAACGAAAAAACAGUUUAGCAGUCGCUUAACAAAAGCAGGGUAAUAGCCACUGGAGCAAAGUUAUGUCCGAAGGCAGAUAGCUUUUAAAGCCCCUGUAUGAAAUAUAUUCUGUAUCAUAGGUUUGUAACCUUUACAUAAGUAGGUAAAUGCAAAAUGCAUCCUUCAAGAUACAGCAAACAUAUCUGCGAUUGAAUAUCAUCAUAGGAUAUCACCAUUUUGGUGUAAUAUAUGUUUUUUUAUGGUGAAGUGCCAUGUUAAAUGCCUCCACUAUGUGGCGCAUAUCAGUAUGGGUUGGUCUUGUUUAGUCCUGGUAUCACUGUCUGUCUUAGUUGUGCGUCUAGACACAUAGAGCUUGCGAAAUUAAGAAAGGCUUUAAAGGUAAUACAAAGCUUUCUUUCUGUACGCAUGAUGCUGUUGGUGAAUUUGUCUUUUGUCUUUUUUUUUUUUUUGCCUUAGUGGUUCUAAAUCAAAUUAUUAUUUUUUUUUUGCAAGCACCACCUGAUGAAGAGAUGCAUAGAAAAUUAAACACUGUGACAACACAGAUUAAUUUUAUGAAAAUGCCACUAAAGCAAACUGCACCACUGAAGUAGCCUUUAAACUUUAAAAAGCUCAUUGAUGUUAUGGAAAACAUUGGUAAGCCAUUUGUCAGAUCACACAUUUUAUUUUUUUUCCUCUUUUUUUUGUAGUUAUGAUGGAUGUCAAACUAAUUUAAUGCUAAAUAAAACUCUUGCAUCAUC